AUGUUCGCAGAAAAGCAAGAACUACGAGAUGGAAAAGAGACUCACUGCUGGUCUGCAACAGAAGUACUGGAGCUGCAAGUGGGGUUCAUGCACUUCUGGCCAAAUCGAUCAUGCGGAGGCGGUGGCAACCCAUAUGAGCGACCACCUCCCGACGGGCUGUAUCUCAUGUUUUGUGUUGAGUGUGGGCUCUGGCUUCUAAGUGACCUUGACUGGGGUAGGCAUUGCACAAAGCACACCAACAAUCCCGACAUUAUUUACGGCCCCAUCAUUUCAGAAGGCAUACUUGCAGCGCCACGUCGGUGUCCGUACUGUAUGGCGCAGGGUCGUUUCGUGCAAAUGGAAAAUGCUGGCCAUUAUGCCGAGCACAUCGAGGAUCACAUCAACAAGCAGGUGGAUAAUAGCAGUGGGCAGGGCGUCCAAUGCCCUCAUCAUUCGUGCCCAAAGAGGGACUUUAGUAAGAAGGAAUUGCGGGAUCACUUCGAUGUAGUUCAUGGCAUUAUGCUCUCGUAG